AUAUGCUGUCAUUAGAGAGUUAUCAAUGUCUUCUUUGCAGGUGAUUGAAGAAAGCACCCGUCCCCGUAAGCCGUCUGUCCUCGAAGAAGUAUCUUCAGCGGUCGAUUUGCUGGCAAUCGACAACGAUAUUCCAGUGAAAGUACUCACUCCUGGCGAAUCAUUAGAGGAAUUGGCAUAUUCAGAUCCUUUCGAUACGUCAAUAGCCAGCAACAUAUUGCCUGGAAAGACUGAACUUAAGCUGCUGGAAAGCGAACUAAUUUUUUCAGAGACUAGCCAGUGAUUGAACAGCAAUGACUUCCGCAAAUCCGUUCUUCUUCAGUGAAGAGCCCUACGGGGCAGCAGCUGCUCCAACCGCUGCAGCUUCGAACGUUUCAAAUCCAUUUCUAUUCGAUGACGACGGAGAUGACGGGGCUCAGGCGUACGAAAAUACUUUUGGGGCUGCGAGCGAUAACCCGUUCCUCUCACAGACGGCCACCACUAUGUCCACCACGAACCCAUUCAGUUACGAUCCAAUGGAUCUGGAACCAGCUGAAGGGGAGGUAGCGCAAAUUCCCCACCAGCAGGAUCCAUCACCUUCGAACGAUCUUUUCGGCACGUCUGUAGCGACCAAUGAGGUAUCAAACGUUCCUGUAUCUUCGUUCUUCGAUAGCAACGAUGUUCAGCAAGUUCAGCCGGUUCAGCCUGUUCAGCAGAUCCAACAACCUCCCCGACCGCCAGCGCCUGUCGUGCCGCCUACAAUUGAUCUAUUUUCUGAUGAGAAGAAUGACGUUAUGUUCAACUCUAUGCCGCAGAAGCCUGUCAAUUUGGACCUCACCAAUACUAGUCAAAGCAACAGUCUUCCGCCCCGACCAGCGGCCCCGCCACCGAGACCUCCGUUAGCGAAUGAAACCCGGGCGCUCCUAGCGCAAGUGACCGGAACUAUGGACGCCACAAGCACUUCUUUGCUGGACAAAAUCCCACCGACUCGAACUCCUAGUCCGGUAUCCAUGCGAGAUCUCCAUUCUCCAAGCCCAACACCGGAUAUCCUCGGUGCGGAUUUGCAGGAAGGCGCACCGAUGGAUGCAUCGAUUGGAAAUCAAGAGGAAGGAGAUUUGGUGUCGUUUUCGCAAGAUACGUGCGACAUAAAUCAGAAUCCUCAGUCGACCGCCACAUCGGCUGCGGUAACAUCUUCUCAAGAGGCAACGACAACUUCCAAACCGGCUGCUAAACCUCCAAGGCCCACUCCUCCACGGCCUCCGAAGCCUCAACCGCCCAAAGUGAAGCCUCCCGUACCUGAAGAGCCUCCAAAAGUAGCCGCUUCACCUGCAGUUGCACCUGCGCCUAUAGCCGCUCCAGCAAAUGACGAUGAUUUUGAUCUGUUUGGAACAAGUAACGCUCGACCUCCAAAGCCAGUUACCAAGGAUGAUAUACUUAACUUGUAUAAUGCGCCUAAGCAACAUCAGCAGCAGGAUUUGCUAUCAGAUCCUGUGGAGGUGUAUUCAAUGUCAGCUCCCGCAACGUCUCCAGUGCCUCCCAUAACCACCGGCGCAGCUCCUGAUAUCUCGACGCCCAUGUCUACGGACAGCGCCACCCACGCGAUCAUCACCAACGCCUCCUCCGCAGCCUGCUCUCCUUCUCAGCUAAGCCAGAAGUCAGAUGACGCGUUGGACAACGUCUUUUCACCGGAUCAGCACAGCAAGCGCGGCAGCAUGACUAGCGCCACUUUUAACCCGUUUUCGGGUGCACCAACGCCGUCAGCUGUGCCAGCUGCUGUUGAUUCUAGUUUGGAAGAGAAGCCGAUGGAUGUCAGGGAGGACCAAGUCGAUGCAGCCCAAAUAACACCAGAAAUUCAACAGCCAUCUAGCACAGACAGUGUCCUUAAAGAAGAACCAGUUUCCAUCUCAAUGAGGCUAGAUCAGAACCCACCGUCAGUCGAGCAGGUACAUCAGAACGAUACUACACAACCAAUGGAACACAGUUACAGUCCUUUUGGUGCAGAACAACCGUCUAAAGCUGACGACGUUUUUGCUCAGACCUUCAGUCAGACAGUAGGAUCUUUCGAAGGGUCACCUAUGCCACCGAGUGCCAGUCAAGACAUCUUUGGACCUAUGGAUACCACUCAGGAUAACUUCCAAAAACCGGAUGCGGUGCCCGUCAGUGGAGCCCAGAAUACCUUUGCUCAGGAAUCACCUGCUUAUGCCGUUCCAGAUACCAACCAAGACCCAUUCGGUUCAACAGCUCCGUCAACAACCGUCAGCUUUCGCUCAGCACCGCCACCAGUUACCCCUCGCCCAGAUCCCUUCGGCUCAGCAGCACCGCCGGUAACGCAACGUCCAGAUCCCUUUGGAUCAGCCGCACCCCCUGUAACACCCAGACCUGACCCUUUCGGAUCAGCUUCGAACGAGUUCGAUGACUUCGAGAAGAAGUUCGACUCGAUGAACGAACCGAAGAUAUCUGCAGGGGUGGACGCUUGGGGGAACGAGUCGAUGAUUGGUGGAUUUGGAGAGGGCGAAACCCAAGGGUUCGGACAAGAGGAAGGGUUUGACGCUUUCUUGGCGCUCCAGGAGCCACCUACUGUGCCCCAGAGUACGCCGAAUCGGGUCAGUAAGGCUCCAUCGCAGGAGUCUGAUGAAGGCAACGAUUUCUCGGUAUUUAUCAGGCCAAAAGGCAAUGAAGAAUAUCAAGGCGGAGCAGUACCAUCGAUAGCUCCACCUCCAGCUACAGUCAACUCUGCAUUUUCCGAUUCUGCAAGGUUCAAUCCGUUUGACAACCAGACUGAAGCUCCGGAAGCUGCUCUUCCUACUGAAGAUUCCUUUGCUGUACCUAAAGUACAAAGAACUGACUCCCAGGAAACUCCACCAACUCCAUUAUUCGAUGAUGACACAUCGGUGCCCUUAGAGCCGUUCCCUAGAAUAGAUUGGUCCGGUGAAGGUUGGGAGAUGCACCUGAGACAGCCCAACAAAAAGAAAAUUACUGGACAACGGUUUUGGAAGAAGAUCUUUGUCAAAAUCGUCAACCAGAUGGAUUGCACUUUAUUGCAAUUAUUCAAUCAAAAGGACGAUAAAGAUCCGUUCCAAGAACUACCCCUUCAACCAUGUUACUCUGUAUCAGAAAUCGGAGCUCAACAAUAUGACCAAUUCGGGAAAAUAUUUACGAUAAAAUUACAAUACAUUUUCUACAAGGAAAGACCAGGUGUUCGACCUGGCCAGAUGAAGAAAGCUGAAAAAAUAACUAACAAAUUGAGCCAGUUUGCAGCGUAUGCUAUACAGGGUGAUUAUCAAGGCGUGAAAGAAUUCGGCAGCGAUUUGAAGAAGCUAGGCCUACCUGUUGAACAUGCUCCACAAGUAUCCCAGCUCUUGAAGAUAGGGUCGUUGAACUUCGAAGACUUGAAGCAGUUUUCGUUCUGUAUUGAAGAGGCAUUAUUCAAACUGGCCGCUCACAGAGAUAGAGCAUUGCAUUAUAAAAUGGAGGAGGUACAGGUCACUGCUGUGGAUGAGUUGUACGUGGAGCAAGACGCGGAAGGGCACGUGGAAAAGCAGAUAGCCCGUGUCCGGUUGUUCUUCCUCGGUUUCCUGACAGGAAUGCCCGAUAUUGAAUUGGGCGUUAACGACAUGCGAAGGCAAGGCAAAGAGGUUGUCGGGCGUCACGAUAUUAUUCCGGUGGUUACUGAAGAAUGGAUCCGAUUGGAAGAUGUCGAAUUUCACUCUUGCAUACAGCAGGAGGACUAUCAUCAAACCCAUAUCAUCAAGUUCAAACCUCCUGACGCGUGUUAUAUUGAAUUGAUGAGGUUCAGGGUUCGACCUCCGAAGAAUCGAGAACUUCCGUUACAACUGAAAGCUCAGAUCUGCGUUACUGGUCAUAAGGUAGAACUAAGGGCGGACGUAUUAGUGCCAGGUUUCGCGUCUCGCAAAUUAGGGCAAAUUCCCUGCGAGGACGUCAUGAUACGGUUUCCUAUUCCAGAAUGUUGGAUAUACCUCUUCAGGGUCGAAAAACAUUUCAGAUAUGGGUCUGUGAAAUCGGCACAUAGAAGAACUGGUAAAAUAAAAGGCAUAGAACGAAUCCUAGGCACCAUGGAGACAUUACAGGAGAAUCUAAUCGAAGUAACGUCGGGCCAAGCGAAAUAUGAACACCAGCAUAGAGCAAUAGUGUGGCGUUGUCCUAGGCUACCAAAAGAAGGCCAAGGGGCGUACACUACGCAUAACAUGGUGUGUAGAAUUGCUCUGACCAGCUACGAUCAGAUGCCCGAGAAGCUAGCUGAGUAUUGUUAUGUGGAGUUCACGAUGCCUGCUACUCAGGUCAGCCAUACCACAGUGAGAAGUGUCAGUUUGCAGAAUUCAGACAGUGACGAACCACCAGAAAAGUACGUACGGUAUCUGGCCAGGCAUGAGUACAGGGUUGGUAUCGAACAUACCGAAGGGGAGAACCCCAAUCCGUAUGCAGCAGCAACCUACGUCACCAAGCCUGCCGCCACCCCAGAACCUACACCUGCACCAGCUCCUGUCCCAGAGGAAUCAAGCUCCGAUAGCGACUAAAGUAGCUGUCAAUUUUCUAGCAAGCAAACUGUACAGCUAUUAUAAGAAAAUAAUCCUAGGAUAUGUCUCAACUGAACUAACGGAGGCCUCACCCUAGAAAUAUAACGAUAUAUAGAUAAUAUUUUGCAACGUGUAUGUCUAUCUGUCAUGCAAUUCAUGAUAGUUGAGUUUCAUUGUGGACAUGCUCGAACUGUAUGUUCAUUUCAACUACUACAGGAUGACUAUCGCCAAAAACUUCACACGUACAUAAUAUACACAUAACGCGCGUAUUUAUGUUUAUUCUACGUUGUGUAAUUUGUUGUUCGAUAAAAUGCUUUCAGUCAAGGUGAACGAAUAUUGUCAGAAUGUUCACAAUAUAGAGUGAAAGUCUGGAGGAAAGCUAAAGGUUGUGAUGCUGUCAGUGGAGACGUUAGUCCUUGACACAUAUUCUAUAUCAGUGAAUCGGUGUCGUUAUAUAAUAGUGGACGCUUAGACUGUAAAUGAAUUGUUCUAUAACUGAUUUUUUCUAUAGAACUGUUCGAGUUAUAAGUAAAAACAAAUGGUGAGUCAGUAUAACUUGCGUAUGUUCAAUUGUUAAAAUCAAUAUCACACCUAUGUAUAAGAGAACUGUAUCCCAUCACAGAACUCAAACGGUCUCUGUCACUAUUUUAAAUUGUAGACAUCAAAAUAGCAAAUUUUCAUGGAAUACGUAUAAGCAUCUGAUUAUUAAAAAUAUUAUCGAUGUAAAAGACAUACCAUAAGUAAUCGUGUAAUAUGUAUAAUAUAGAAUUACCAUAUGUAAAAAUAAAAAUUGCACACCUAAUUGUUCCAGGCGCUUGAUGAUUAUAGAGAGAAAAGUAUAGUUUAAGACUGAUGUAAAUUGUACAUAUGUACCUAUAUAUCAUGAAGCCUAGUCAUACCAAGGAAUAGGGUCAUGCACCCGUUGAUAGAAUAGCAUAACUUAGAUUUUAAGUAUACGUAAUAAAAGAAAUAUAUUAAAAGCUAUGCAAAAGCGUUUGCGAAAAUGGUCAAAUAACCAAAGAGACAAUAUAAAAGCGUACCUCAUAUGCUACGCUAUUUUAUUAAGUUAUUACUAUCUAUAGAAUAUAUGGUCAGCAACAAACGACCAAUAUUUUGGAGUAGUUACUGUGACAUUAUAAUUAGAUAAGAAUUACUGGUGGAAACAGGUAAAAAUACGUAAGUCAUGUAAUAUGUUUUGUUAACCCUUUAGCCAUACUACCUACAUAUACUGUAGCCAUACAGUAAGAAUAAGAAAAUUUUAUUAUUUAUCCGAUAGAUACUUAUAUCCUGCAGCAAUACCACUAUGCCUUACUUACCUACAUAAUAAACUCAUUCUUACGUAUUUGUAUAAUUUAGUAGAAUAUCUACAUAUUAAAAUAAAGCUGGAAGCCUCACGAUAUAUAAGAAAGCUUGGAUAGUAAUCAGAAAUUGAAUAUAGAAUAAAUAUUAGUCGAAUACUUUGUAUGAUUUAUAUCUAAGCAGCAAAACACAAUGCAUACAUGUAUGCUUUUCUUGAUCCAUUGUACAAAAUUAGUUGCUUGAAUACAACACAACUUUGGUAACCGAAAAAGUAUUUAGCUUAAAUCAAAGUAUCUGUGACAUAGUAAGGUGUAAGGGUAUUUCAUCUCUACUAUCGAUUACAAGACGUUUUCAAUCCUAACAAUCACAUUGCUUACCAGUUUCGUUGUGAUGCGUUUUAUGAUUUUAUACAUAUCAUAAUUGUAAAUUAGUCUCAAACUGACUGUCAUUGUAUGUCAUACAGCUAGGAUCACCAAAGAAAAUCUUCUAGUCAUUCUUUAAGUAAAUGUUACGUGUAUAUGUAUUUAUUGUUGUGUAUGUUUAACGAUUCCAUUUUCAAUAUGAAUUGAUCAUUUUUUUCAAAUAACUAAUAAGACAGUAUUUUUUGGAAGUCAUUGGGCAAGUACUUUGCAUAUUUUUUGGAAAAUUGUGGUUUUAAAACCUUUUUUGCUUUACUUGUAUCGUUCAUUUUUGAAAACGGAAUUUUCAGAUUUCUAUUUAUUUGUUGAUUAGUCCUAAAUAUUUAUCAUUUCAUCUUGUUACUUUAUCCAUUAUAAGGAUUUUUACGAAAAAAUCCACCGAGUCGAACUCUAGUCACUAGAUUUAAGAAAACAAUUUAGGUUAAGAUGUAUUUUUAUGGAGCCUAUAAAGCGUUAGUUUGAUUCAAAGAAAGUGCUGUGACAUUUUUUGCUUCUAGAUAAUAAGGGCGUAACUAGGACCUAUAUUCUAACUAAGAGGAAACUUCUGAUUACGUAUGACGCACCAGAAAGGUUGCUUAUCCAUAUGUUACAGUUAUUAGUAACGAAAAAUGUCAUUUAUUGUGCUCAAUAUGCUUACGUACUCGGAAGAGAUAAAAUAUCGUAUAUUUAGCAUACACUUUUCUGGUUACGCAUUUAAUAGAAUAUCUUUGUUGUUGGAUAGAUAGAUAUCUAUUUAUUUCAGUGUCUGUUUCUGUGUACAUGUUCUAUCAUCAAGUACCAAGAUAGAAGAAAAUAGCAUAAUGCACCGUACGCCACUGGUACACAGAGACGUACGAUGAGUUAUGCUACUCUGUUCCAUUUUGAUACUGAAAUGUACAAUUUCGUCGGAACUUUGUUCUAAGCCAAUUGUUUGUUGUUUGGCGGGAAUUUCGAUAAGAUGCAUUUGAAAGUGAUAUUGAUUGACUUUCUGAUGAUAAUGAUUUUUUAGGAUGCUUGACAGUAAAAACGUCAACGCACUUAUAAUAUUUGCAUUGCGGUAGAAGUCACGCGAUAUUUUUAAUACGCUACAAUAAUUAGUUCUAAAUCAUGAUAGCGGCGAAACUCGUUCUUCCUUGUACGAGGAUUAUGCGAAAAUAUUUCCUGAGACAGUGCAAUUUUUUCAAAGCACCUCAACAAUAUCGCUUGAAUAAAAACAGUAUCUGUUCUAUGGAGAAUUAUGUUUCGUUAUGUUCUUGCAUCAUAUUUCCAACAGUUUGACAACUACGAAAAUUUAACAUUUCUAUGAGCGAUACACAAUAAAGAAAUAGUACACAUCAAAUUUUAUAAGAGUGGUUAUCUGGCUUCGAUCUUUUUAAAUGACAGUGUUGUAGAUGAAAAUAAGAAAGACGCAAACUCCCCAAGGCAAUUCAAAAACCAUAACCUCAAUCAUAAGCCAUCCAUAACAAAAACAUAAUCUUGUGCAAUCUGCGCAUGUCAGAAACUUCGUGUGCCGUCAAAAUCCUGUGUACUGUUUCGACCAGUUUUCAAACCAAGCAUUGGAUAAUCCCUAACUAGGUUUGUGCGUCAAGUCAAGUCAAGUCAAACCAUUGGAAAUUCGAUGAUAGAACAUUACUGUUGUUUAAAGGCAACACCCUCGGCACCUGGAAAGAUUUCAGACCGUAUCGUCAGUCGUUCCUAUAAUCCCAGGACGUACUUGAUUUUCAUAGUAUUUUCUCUCCAACAGAAAUGUUGGGAUAUUUCUGGAUUUCUAGUGUUCCGUGCUCUCUCCUAUUAUAAGGUUAUGUUUUCUUUUUGAAUUGCAGAACAUUUCAGGCUGAUAUGACAGAUAUUUGUAACAUAACCUCAAAUCGGAGCGCUGACACGGAACAGUAGAAAUCUUUCUUUUAAUUGUAGGAAUAAGUGACGAUAUGGCCGUAAAAGUUAGCUAAAGCAUUGUAUAUAAACUUCUCUCAAUAUACAGCUUCCAUUUAACAAAUGUCUAGUUACUUAUUGUAUAUGUUUCCCGUAAUGAGCUUAUAAGCGGCAGCAAAUACUUAAUAUAGUUGUUAUAGUCCCGACAUUCCAGAUAAUGUAUAUGUAUAUUAAUUGAAGCAAUUUAGGUUUAUAGUCACUCGGCGUCGUAUACACUCUAUAGCUGCUGACUGAGAGUUUUACACAAAGGAAAUGUGAACUUGAUUAACAUAAGUAAAUUAUUAUUUAUCGUUAAGUGUAAAUGAAUGUAAAAUUAGAGUAAAAUAUAAAAGUUAUGAGAUCUUGUAA